UGGGUAUGGGCCCAAGGGCAUGCCUUAGAAGCCAACGGUCCCACCGCCCUUUCCCUAUCGAUGAAGAACUCAAACUCUUUCAUGGAUAUUGAUUGUUGAAGCAGAUAAGACCACCACCACCCCCAAUCAAAUAAACAAACCCUCUGUUUUCGCCGAUUCAAAUCCUAUUCCUUCAAUUUCAUGUCGACAUAAGAAAGCUUCUAUACAACGUAUGUAUAAAGAUAAAAAGUUCCCUCUCUGUGGGAAGAAUUAUCCUUACUCUGUGAAGUGAAUGCUUUUGAGUGGAUUCUGAGGUUGCCAGUUGUGUUUUUUUCAAAAGGGUAUGUCCCAAUUCUAGUAAUUUUUUAAGCUAUGGCAUCUUCAAACAGUAAUGCUCACACUGAAUCAGCAAAAAUGGAACAAAUAAUUACUGAAUUUUUUGCCAAAAGUCUUCAAAUAUUACUUGAAUCUAGGUCUCCCUGUUUGUCCUCGCGUAAUUAUAGCGGGGAACAGGGAAUUUCAUCACCAUCUUCCUCAUCAUCGUCCUCGUCUAGUGUGAGGCCGAGGGAUAAAUGGUUUAAUUUAGCACUAAGGGAAUGCCCUGCAGCGCUGGAGAAUAUUGAUCUCUGGCGCCAGAACAAUCUAGAACCUAUGGUGGUUGAUGUGAUUUUGGUCCAGAGACCUGUUGAUUGUGAUCCAAUGCAUUCUUCCACAAGGAAGGAGCUUGUUAGGAAUCUUUCAAUGAAAGAGAGGUAUCCUGUCUGCAUGAACUCUGAUCAAGAAGAGUAUGGGUGUUUGGAAAGGAGUGAAAAGAUUGUAGAGAGAUGGGUAGUGCAUUAUGAGAGUAGAAAGACUAGAGAUACUAGUCAUGGGAACAGGAGGUCUAGCAAUAGUACUUUGUAUAAGAAAACAAUCCUACUCUUGAGGUCUUUGUAUGCCACUGUUAGGCUGUUACCUGCUUAUAAGAUAUAUCAUGAUCUCAACUCUUCUAGUCAAAUUCGCCCAUUUACUCUUGCUCAUCGAGUAUCUUCUUUUGUUGAGCCAUUCACUCGUAGGGAAGAGGCAGAAAUGCAGAGAUUUGUGUUCACACCUGUGGAUACCUCUUGUGGUAGGCUUUGCAUUUCAGUGUUGUAUCGUUCAGAAAUCUCAGACAUAAACUCUGAACCAUCAACUCCAUUGUCCCCACAAGUUAUACCUGAUUAUGUUGGAAGCCCAUUGGCAGACCCCCUUAGACGGUUCCCAUCAAUUCCUGUGACUGGAGUAGCAUCUCAUGGUUCUCCAUCAUCUUCCCCAUUUACUAGGCGGCAUAGUUGGAGUUUUGAUGCAUAUAGAACUUCAACGCCUUUGGCUUCAUUCUCUCCUUCACCAACUCAUUCAGAACCUCAAGCUUUAAAUUCUAACCCAAGCUUUCGUCGCUUUCCACCUUCAAGCUUGCCUCCUCAUCCGCCUGAGACAUCUUUAAUUCAUAAGAAAGAUACAGCUUUUGACGAGUAUUUUCAGUCACCUGUAUUUUCUAUAUCAUCAUCACCUUCUGCUUCCCCAUCACCUCCAAUCCGUAUCCCUGGGAGUCAUCUAUCAAAUGCUCUUUUACGAUCGGAAAGUGCUCCAGUCCGCAUACCAAUGGCUAAGCUUGCUAAUUCCCCUGCAUUCAAGCAAACUUUGCCUCCAUCCCCUCCCCUUAAAAGUUUGAGAUCUAGUACGUAUAGGUCUGAUAAAGGCAUGGGUGUACUGCAUUCUGGGAUACCAAAUGAGAAGUUGUUCCCACUCAAGAAAGAGGAAAAUAGGCCAUUUUCCAGAAGCUCUAGUCGGUCAUUCCCAGAGGACUUUGAUGAGCCUGACUUCACUUGCCCAUUUGAUGUGGAUGAGGAUGAUAUUACAGAUCCUAGUAGCAGACCUGAAUCUUUCGAGCAGAAGGGACCUUUCUGUGAGCCACUUGAUCCUGAAGGAUCGUUUCCAACUAGGACCCAUGAUGCUGCUGUUGGUGCACUUGUUUUGAUGUUAAGAAAAGCCCCACCUCUCCGCCAAGAUUUCUCCAAGUCCGUAGAUUCAUCAGAUGUAUUAAGUCCUGAAAACUGGGGUAACACCAAUCAGAGUUCAGAUGCUCCAUUUCAGCAAGCUGCUUCUUCAAGUGUUAUGUCGUCGAGACUCGUUAUCUCUAAGACAACAGCUGAUGCACUAGAAGAGCUCCAAGGAUACAGGGAGCUGAAGAACUUGCUUUUAAGCCAAGGUUCCAAGUCUCAAAUAUAGUCUGGUAUAUGUUUGACAUAACAUACAGUCGGGAUUUUACUGGGUUUUGAAUUCAAUUAGUCUUGAAGUAUAUAUAAACACUUAAUAUGUACAGCAUUUUGGUCCAAGUUUUCUUGGUAAUGUUUUAUACGGCUGGUGCUUUCGAAAUUUUCUUUUUGUACAUAAUUAUAUGUGAGCAAUUUUCUUAAUAUAAGCAUAUAGAAAAAACCUAUUGUGUACAUAAUUAGUUAUAAAGUACUUUUCACAAUUGUAUAGUUCUUAUAUUUUCUUGUCUAGUCCCCUACUUGAACAAGUAUAUAAAUAUAUAGAUAUUUUUUUU